GUAAAAAACUCUCAAACAAAAGGUCUUUCUUUAAUCGCUGCUUCGUUUUUUCGACCUUUAUGACUAAAUUACUCCAGACAAAUGCGAGGCUGACUGCAGAUCAGUCGUUCUGGGUCUGAGUUACUAAACAAUUCCCAUCGCGUGGCGGAAAAAUCAGCCUGCAGUUUGAAGGGCACGAUGGACGGACGGAUGAUUGAUUUGUUUGUGAUGCUUCUUCUUUCUAUGUGCAGAGCUGCUCCUGUUUCAGAUAGCUUAACAGUUGUGGUUGGGUCUCCUGUGUCAGUACAACGUGGUGCUACAGCCACAUUACCCUGCUGGCUCAGUCCAUCACAAAGUGCAGAGGAUCUGGAGGUACGCUGGUACCGUGGCAACUCUGAUACCCCAACUAUGCUUUACAAGGGAAAGAUGUUUGACGAUGGAUCCCAGGAACCUUCAUAUGCUGGCAGAGUCUCAUUUGGCUUAAAGGAAGCAACGUCAGGUGGGCUGAAGGCCGGUGAUGUGAGUCUGAAGCUGGUAAAUGUCACAGUUAAAGAUGAAGGGAAUUACACCUGUUAUGUCAGAAGCCUCCACGGAUAUGACAGCUCCACCAUGAGCCUCCGUGUGAUGGAAACGGGAGGACCUCCUCUUCUGUCUGCAGUGUGGAAAGAAGAAAACACAGCGAAUGUGAGCUGUGAAUCUGAAGGCUGGCAUCCACGUCCUGAUCUGCGCUGGUCCGACAAGACAAAAGAUCUGAUCCCUGAUGGUUUGGUGUACAGCAACGUCUCUGGUCAUUUCUCAGUCCACAGCUGGCUUCUUGUCUCUGGGUCCUCUGAGGUCUCCUGCUCUGUAGGUCUCUCUAACAUCGUGACAAAGGAGGCUAGAAUACGCACAAUAAAACCUCCAGAUAAAGAGUCAGGAGUCCCUGUCGGAUGGGUCGCUUUUGGGAUAGUCCUCAUAAUCUUAUUGGUUGAACUGGCAGCAGUUUUCUAUAAAAAGAAAGGGAAGAAAUCUGCUGAACCCACUGAAGAAAAUGUAGCACUUUUACUGGAAGAAGUGGUGCAGCCAUCCACUCUAGAAACAGCUUCCAAGCAUUACGAAAAUAUUAAAUUUGAGAACACAAAUAAUAAAUACCUCAAAGUCAAAGAAACUAUACUGAGAGAUGCCAGGGUUGAUACGUUUCCAGAUGGACAGAGUGUUACCUGUCUCACAGCAAUCAGAGGAACACCGGGCUUCUCUGGUGGGAAACACUAUUGGGAAGUUUCUUUGGAAAAUGAAAACGUUCAACCAAAGAAGUCCUGGUGGAUAGGAGUUACCCCUGCCACUGAAAUCCCCCAGGAAUCUGAUUUCUGUCCAACCACAUCCAAUGGUUUCUGGUUUCUGUCUUCUUCUCCUGACACUGCUAAUACUUUACAGCUUAGCACAAAGCCAGAAAUAUUUCUGUCUGUUCAGUCAAGACCAAGAACAGUUGGUGUGUAUUUGGAUUGUGACAGUGGAGAGCUUUCCUUUUACCAUGUAGAAGAGAAAAGUCUAAUUUUAUCUUUGAAGGUAAAAUUCACAAAAGAAGUGUUCCCAUUUUUCAACCCUGGGAAAGGUGAUGCUGCAACUAUUACAAUAUUGCACAGGACAAGAGAGUCUGGUGAGGAAGGUGAUUCUGUAGAUUCAGGAAUGAACAAUGUUCCUGAAUCUACAGCGUCAGAUCCAGCAGUAUCUAAGCUAAUAUUUUAUGAAGAUGAGAAGUAAAUUACUCUUUAAGCAUCAAUGUAUUAA